AUGGCUUCAGAUCAACCCACUUCUUUGCUCGACCCGGACCCGGACGCGUCGCUGUCCUCUCCUCCCUCCCAUGUCACCCGCCACUCCGAGUCUCGUCUCGUUCAGUCUCGUCAACGCGAUAUGGAUGACCGUGAGAGGGAUGACCUCGGACAAAGUCUCUCCAACGACGCCUUCGGCCAGUUUUCUUUCGCCCCGACUACUCGCACCACCGUUGUCACCACGACCACCACCACGACCACCUCCUUCCCUCCUCUGAUUAUCAGACCCCCGCGUGCUAUCAAGGACCUCGAUGCCCGACAGUACCCCCUCGCCGCGUCACCAACGCCCGCGUCCUUGAGGAAUUUACGGUUCAAGGUUGGCGAUAAGUCCAUCAUUUUCAAUGAACCCGAAGAUGCCGCCGCGGCAAGGAUCGAGCUCAAGGAAAGGAACGAUGCCCUCGAGUCGUCCAACGGUUUGAUUCGCUCCGUGAACUCAUUCUCCACCGAAGACGAUAGCUCUUCUCGACGACUGGCUCCUCCUAGGUCGAUGACUCGACUUGGUCUGCCGAAUCCUCACAACCGACCCGUCUCUCCCGUUUCGAAUCCCGACCCUCGCCUGUCCAUCCUACCUCGGACCCGUACAUCCCGAGUGCCAUCUGAGCCUGUGGCUCGACGUACCCGUCAUGGAGCGUCAACCUCGACCCAUCUUUCGCCUGCUGGUCUGGCCACUCCGGAGACGGAACAAAAUGUGGGCAGCGUUGGGGAAAGUGUGGCCCCGAGGCCGAGAAUGCACAGUGCGAACUUCCCACGCAGAGAAACUCUGUUGCGGUCGCCUCUCUCUGCUGAGAUUGGCCCGUCCGGGGCUUUGCGAAGUGCUGUACUUCCCGAGAACCGGGAGUUGCGAAACGAGCAUGCCGACACCAAUGCGGUUCACGGGCCCGAACCAAUAUCGACCGGCCAAAGCACAUCCUUUACCUCGACAGAGCCUACGUCGCAGCCAAGACCUGAUUUGACUUCUCAGCUUUCGGCAAUCGACAAUGCCAUGGCUCAGGAUAUGUGCUUGCCAAGCCCUAGUCUGUCCCCAGUCGCCGCUAUGAACGCUCUUCACGGCGAGUCUUCCUUUGAAUCAGAAGGUCCCGAUGUGGACACCGAUUCCAGCCUUGAUCACAAUGUUUCACGCCACUCGAAGGCAAUUCGCCUUCACGAUGGAGAUUCGUCCCGGGCUAAGAGCCUUUCCUCUCGAUCCGCUCCGUCGCUUAUGGAUAUGCCCAAGGUGCUAGAGUUCUUUGACUCCGUUCCUGAAGAGUUGAAGACUUAUAUGAUGUAUCAGUUUUUGCGUCGAUGCCCCAAGCCGACUCUGCAUUUCGUAGCCGAUAUUGUCAACCCGACAUUGAAAUGUGAUUUCCUGGCACUGCUUCCGCUUGAACUCAGCCUGAACAUCGUCAAGUAUUUGGAUGUUCAAACCAUGUGCCGUGCGGCUCAAGUCUCCAAGAAAUGGCGGCAUAUCAUCAAUUCGGAUGAGAAAUCGUGGAAAGAGCUUCUUGACCUUGACGAUUACCUUCUUUCCGAGGGCGAGUUGGAACGAGCUAUCCGGGAAGGAUGGGGCUGGCAGUGCAGCAGUUUCAACGAUUUCGAAAGAGAUCUGAGUUUGCCUACUUCGUCCAGAGGAGACAAAGAGGCAUCUCCCUUCCCAUCCUCCUCUGCCGCUAAUGACAGAUCUCCACUGACAGCUCUGGGUCCACGACGUCCGAAGCGGAAAGCGAACACUCGGGCUUCCAGUCGGAAACUGGCGAAACGCAAGAUCUCCUCAAGCGGAAGUGGUGUAGACUACCAUGAGCCGGACUGGAAGAGAGACAUUGCUGCAUCGGAAGCACCCUAUGCUGCGGCCAACGCUGCGGCUGCAGCUGUUCCUUAUGCGGAGGUCGGUAUCCCUUCUCUCCGUGGGCUGUACCUUUACAAGGCUCUCUAUCGCCGGCACCAUGCCAUUCGCCGAGGAUGGAUGAAGCCUGAGGUCAAGCCUCAGCACAUUGCUUUCCGUGCCCAUGACCGCCAUGUUGUCACCUGUCUGCAAUUUGAUACCGAAAAGAUUCUGACUGGAAGUGAUGACACCAACAUCAAUGUAUACGACACGAAGACUGGCGCUUUGAAGGCUACACUGGAAGGCCACGAGGGUGGUGUCUGGGCUCUCGAAUACCACGGAAACACACUCGUUUCUGGCUCUACCGAUCGAUCGGUGCGUGUUUGGGAUAUCGAACGAGCCCGGUGCACUCAAGUGUUCCAUGGCCACACCUCCACUGUGCGCUGUUUGCAGAUCGUGCUUCCCACCGAAGUCGGACGGGAUGCAAAUGGCCGGCCCGAGAUCAUGCCGAAGCAACCUAUGAUUAUCACUGGGUCUCGGGAUUCUAACCUGCGGGUCUGGAAGCUUCCCAAGCCUGGAGAUUCCGUAUAUUAUCCAACCGGGCCUCUUGCGGAUGAUACUGAUUGCCCGUAUUUCGUCCGAGUGCUGGCUGGCCACACACAUUCUGUUCGCGCAAUUGCGGCACAUGGUGAUACUUUGGUGAGCGGCAGCUACGAUUGCACUGUACGGGUAUGGAAGGUCUCCACCGGACAGAUUCUGCAUACCCUGCAAGGCCACUCUUUGAAGGUGUAUAGUGUGGUGUUGGACCCCAAGCGCAACCGCUGCAUCAGUGGUGCCAUGGACCACAUGGUCAAGGUCUGGUCGCUUGACGAUGGGUCCCUCCUUUAUAAUCUCGAAGGCCACACCUCUCUUGUCGGGCUACUUGCCCUGCAAAAUGACUUCCUAGUCUCCGCUGCCGCAGAUUCUACUCUUCGCAUCUGGGAUCCCGAGCACGGUCACUGCAAGAACAUGCUGAGUGCCCAUACCGGUGCCAUCACUUGCUUCCAGCACGACGGUCAAAAGGUCAUUUCUGGAUCGGACCGCACCUUGAAGAUGUGGGAUGUGAGUACCGGUGCUUGUGUUCGCGACCUUCUCACCGACCUCAGCGGCGUGUGGCAGGUCAAGUUCAACGACCGGCGCUGUGUUGCUGCCGUGCAGCGUGAUAGUUUGACUUAUAUCGAGGUUCUUGACUUUGGUGCAGCUCGUGAUGGAGUGCCCGAAAACAAACUCGGCAAGCGAGUUGCAGUCAACCGACGCGGACGAAAGAUCUCCAGCGGCAACGUGGACUCCGACUCCGAUUCUGAUUAA